UAGACACUAUACAUAGAUCUGUAAAAUGUUUUUCGUGUUUCGGAUGUUCCUUCAGAGUUGAAGGUAAUUUACUUCCUAGUCCAAACCUCCAGCAGGACAACAGGGGAUGGGAGCGAGCUGGGUUCAACCUGGGACUUUUGAUAAAUCUGAUUGACAGUCCAGCGCGUAAACCACAUGACCAUAUUAUGGAGCAGUUGAUGGAGCAACAGCAGUUGGCAUUGCUGGAGGCCCAGAGAGGGGAACAUCAGCAAAGAAUGAUGUCUUCAAAUCAAGGCCACCAUAUGGCCCCUUCAGGAAUGCCACCCGCUGGGCCAAUGAGAGGACCUGGUAUGGGCCCUAAUAUGCCACCUAGAGGACCACCACCUCACCCAGGACAAAUGGGUCAACCACCAAUGCCACCAAUGGGUCAUCCGCCAAUGAUGCAAGGAGGCCCUCCGCCAAUGAUGCAAGGGGGUCCUCCUCAGAUGCCUCAAGGAGGAGGACCACCACCUAUGCCUCCUGGUGGAGGCCCACCAAUGAUGCAAGGAGGUGGGCCACCACCAAUGAUGCCUGGUGGACCAAUGCCUCCUGGAGGACCUCCACACAUGAUGCACAGUGGCCCACCACCAAUGCACCCUGGUGGACAGCAGAUGAUGCAGGGUCCUCCCCCUCCCUUUCCUUCGUUGAUGAUGGACUCGCAGCCCCCACACCAACAAGACAUGGGAGAAAGGCAGUCCAUGUACCAAGAGACUGGCUCCCAUGUGCCGUCAAAUGAUGGAGACCCUGAAGGGACAGAAGAAGACCAGUCCAAUGGACCAGCUUCCACCGCAAAUUCUGCCAACCUAGGGUCUAAAGAACUACGUCUGCCACAAGCUCUUGAGAAAAUGCUUGAGUUUAAGUCUCUGAGAGCUACAGAAGUUGGAAUUGAUCUAGACAGCAUGGACAACAAAGAUGGUGAGGACAAUGAGAGGAAUGAAGAGGAUGAUUACUACCCUGAAGAUUAUGAAGAGAAAGACAGAAGAAUAGAGGAUGAAGAGGAAGAAAAUGACAAUGAAAUCACAUCAGGAACAAAAGAGCAGAAUAAAGAGAAAAACAAACGCAGAAAGAAGAAGAAGAAGAAAGCCAGAAGGAACAGGUUUGAGCAGCAAAAGAAAACCAAAAAGAAGGACAAGAAAAGUAAAGCCCCUGAAGUACAGAUAGAAUAUGUUCAGGAACAGUUGGAGCUGGAUCCCAGCGACCCGAAUUAUCAUACAUUCGCCAAGAUCUUUGAGACUUUUAAGAUCACUGAACCAGAAGUGCCCAAGAGUUCUGUGGCAGACGUGAAACUGGAAGAAAAAAAAGAAGACAUACCCAUUAAAGCGAAAGGUUUGAUCAUGGACGAUGAAGAUGAGGAAGAGACUGCCAAGCCAGAAGAAGAUGGACCAAAAAUUUCUAAAAAGAAGUUGAAAAAGUUGACUCGUCUCACGGUGGCCCAAUUAAAACAGCUUGUGUUCAGACCAGAUGUCGUUGAGAUGCAUGAUGUUACAGCCCGAGAUCCCAGGCUCUUAGUGCAUCUGAAGGCUGCUAGAAAUUCUGUUCCAGUUCCUCGCCACUGGUGUUACAAACGAAAGUAUCUUCAAGGAAAAAGAGGUAUAGAAAAAGCCCCUUUUGAACUUCCUGACUUUAUCAAAGCCACGGGUAUUGAAGAGAUGAGGGCAGCACUACAGGAAAAGGAGGACCAGAAAACUCUCAAGUCCAAGAUGAGAGAGAAAGUGCGACCUAAAAUGGGCAAAAUUGACAUUGAUUACCAAAAGCUCCACGACGCCUUCUUCCGCUACCAAACUAAACCCAAAAUGACAUUGCAUGGAGACCUGUACUAUGAAGCUAAAGAAUUUGAAACAAAACUCCGGGAGAAAAAGCCAGGCAAUCUAAGUGAUGAUUUGAAAAUGGCUCUUGGAAUGCCCAUUGGAAAUAAUUCAGAAAAAGUUCCUCCACCUUGGCUCAUUGCCAUGCAGCGAUACGGUCCUCCACCUUCCUAUCCAAAUCUAAAAAUACCAGGGCUGAAUGCUCCCAUUCCAGAUGGCUGUAUGUUUGGGUACCAUGCUGGCGGCUGGGGAAAGCCUCCUGUGGAUGAGCAUGGUAAACCUUUAUAUGGUGAUGUCUUCGGUACACAGAGUUCAGAUUUUAAAAAUGAAGUCGAGGAGGAGGAGAUAGAUAAAACUAUGUGGGGAGAAUUAGAGUCCGAGUCCGAAUCUGAGGAGGAAUCUGAGGAGGAGGAAGAAGAAGAAAAAGAUGAAUCUGGGUUGAUAACACCAGCUGAAGGGCUUAUGACACCUGGUGGUAUUACAUCUGUGCCUGUGGGUAUGGAGACACCUGACCAGAUAGAGUUGAGGAAGAAAAGAAUUGAAGACUCCAUGGACCAAGGGGGAGACACACCCGCCCUGUACCAAGUUCUGCCAGAGAAGAAGACAACUGUGGGUGGCGCCAUGAUGGGCUCUGCACAUGUCUAUGAUAUAUCUGUAGUUCAGAAGAAACCUGGAGACAAAGUGUCUGCAGAAACUGUCGAAGUAUCCUUGAAUCCUGAGGAGCUUGACCUGGACACAGCAGCCAUGCAGGCCAAAUACGAACAGACAGUGAGGGAGCAACAAUCGCAGCUGGAGAAGGAGGACCUCAGUGACAUGGUGGCAGCACAUGCUGCGAAACAACGGAAACGUAAAAAAGCUCAGCAAGACACAGGCAAAGGAGCCAAAAAAUACAAAGACUUCAAGUUUUAGUUGUUACGUUCAUUUCUGUUUCCCCCCCUGCAUUAACUACACGUCAUUGGGAAGUCAAUUAUAUUGGGAAUCUGUAUAUAUACAUAAUUUUUUUUAGUGGAAACUGAACAAUUCUUAACAUUUUAAUGUCUUCACAUUCAUCCUACACUUGCCAUCAAAUAUAAUAUCCUUCAGAGACAAUAUUCUUAAUAUAGUUUGCAGUGAUCUUUGGCUUGUUGAAGUUCAAAUAUUUAAAUGCAAUAAUGCCUGGGGAGUUUUCUUUUAGACAAACAAAAAAAAAUAAAUGUCUUCAGUUCCACAAUUUCAAGAUAGACAUCCUCAAGUUUGAUACUGGACUAGAUUUAAGAUGGUAGCCUCACUUUAGAAAAUCAUGUUUCAAUGUUUCUGUAAGAUAAAAUGUCAUUAAAAAAAAAAAAGAA